CCCUGGUCCCGCCGACACCGCUGGGGUUACCGCUCGGCGACCAGUACCCGCCAUCACCACCCCCAGAGCCUUGACAGCGGAAACCAUUCCGCCCUCGCGCACGGCCCCGCCCAAAACGCUACUUCCGCUUCCUGGGCCCAGCCCCAAGCUCAUUGGAUCUGUGCGGCUACUCUUCUGCGUGGGAUUGGCCGCCGCCUCUGCCGCCUUGCAGCUGCUAUGCUACUUCGGAGCUUCUGCGGGUUAGGCCGGGCAGUGGGCGCUACGGUCUGCAGCUCGGGGACCCGCUGGCUCUCCAGCUGGAACUACUGCUCCAGCCUUCCUGAAAGAGGUAGUGAUUCUCACAGGCACCAUGGCCAAGUGGAGGCUGGUGACAGCCGAAGAGAGUCAGGGCUGGACCACCUGGAGAGGGGCUCUCAAGCAGGUGCAGGUACCACCAGGCAUCCCGAGACCUCCCUUCCCAGUGUGGGCCCCUCAGAACCUCUCUACCCUCUGCCACUUGAGCUCAGGCCUCCGACAAAUUGCUGUAUGAGCGGCUGCCCCAACUGUGUGUGGGUGGAAUAUGCAGAGGCACUACUGCAGCACUACAAGGACGGUGGGGAGCGAGCCCUGGCUACCCUGGAGGAGCACGUGGCGGAUGAGAACCUCAAGGCCUUCCUCAGGAUGGAGAUCCAGCUCCGCACACGUGGUGGUGGCUGAGCCAGCCUGGUUGAGACACCGUCACCCCAGACAGAGACCUAAACUGGUGGCUUCUGCUCAGGAAGCAGUGGCUACCUUUGCUCACAAUAAAUAGGUGCCAUUGUUUAUUGACUUUUCCUGAAAAUAAAUACAUUCUCCAUGGUGGUUAAAUAGGAAGUGUUGUAUUGUCCAUAAGGCCUGGGUGCCUUGUCUAAGCAAAUGGGCACCAGUUGGCACUGGGACUGGUAGAAAUCUGCCAAGCAGCUCCAGCUUUCAGUCUGUGAGGGUGAAAUAAGACCCCCUCUCCCUGAAUGGUUAAGUGAUGCCCCUCCCGAUCCCAGCAACCCGCAGGUCCCACUGAAGUUCAGCUCUGCCUACACUCUGCCUGUAGCUGGGAGGGGGGCACCUUAUCUCCUGGAGGAAAACCCUUGGCGAGCACCCUGGGAAGGACCCCAUCCAUCCAGCUGCCCUCAGUCCCCGUUGGGGUCCUGGAGAGACCCCCUUCCUACCAGCCCAUAGGGGCCUGGAUGCCACUCAGAGACCUGUUCUUCCAACUACCUGGCCAAGGCUCCCCAAGCAGUUGGCAAUGGAAGGACCAGGAGUCCAGGGGCACCAAUCCCAGUUCUAGGGUACAGUCCUGGCCACCCUGACCCAAGGUAGGACUUUAUCUUAGGAUCCCCAGUGGCCUCCCUGACUCAUGGAAAUUUUCCCACCCCAACCCCUUCCCUGAUCAGUUCCAAGCUAUGGUUGCAAAUAGCCUAUUCAGUCCUGGAUCAACCAUACACACACACACA